AUGGGGACAAUAGAACUGGGGAAAGGGAAGCAUCAUUAUCGUGGGAAACUAUAUAGUGCUCCAGCUGACAAAGGGAAGCAAAGGGUUUCAGAUGAGAAAAGGCCAGGUGGGGGAGAGACUCCCGCUUCUAUCAAGUGUUUCAAGUGUGGCGAGUUAGGCCACCAUACUAAUGAAUGCAAGAAUGAAGUUCUAAGGUGUUUCAAAUAUGGAAAGACAAGUCACCACAUUACAGAUUACAGAUUCAUUCGAGGUACGCGUUUUACUAAUGGCAUUCCGUUGAUUGCUACUAUUGACACGGGUGCAACAUAUUCUUUUAUUUCGCUUGAUUGUGUUAAGAGUUUGGGUUUGAAAUUGUAUGCUAUGGUUGAGAGUAUGGUUAUUGAUACCCCAACUAAUGGUUCAGUGGCUACUUCAUGGGUGUGUUUGAAUUGUCCACUGACUAUUUAUCGUAAGAUUUUUAGGAUGGACUUAGUCUGUCUACCGUUGAAUCAACUCGAUGUUAUCCUUAGAAUGAAUUGGUUGGAGUUUAACUGCGUUCAUAUCAAGUGUUUCGACAAGUCUGUGUCAUUUCCAGAGUUUGUUGCAAGUGACAAGUUGUUUGUGUCUACCAAGCAAUUGGAUGAGUUCAUGAAGGAUGAGACUGAGGUGUUUAUGAUAUUAGCUUCUAUGAAGGUGGAAAGCAAAGUUGCGGUUGGUAAAUUACCUUGGAGAAGUCUUUAG